UCCUGAACCGAGUUGGCAGGUGCCACUGGUGGAACGAAAACUUCCGAGCAUUUCGCUGGAGAAGAUAGAAGAGGAAUUCCCGAUGCUCCAAUCUGACAAGCGAAAGCACGAGUGGACACUCGUACACAGCUUCUAUGCAGCCAUGGGCGGAUUUGUCUUGGAAGUCGACACAUCCCUAAUUCCAGCCGCAGCUCCGGCACCUCAGUCUAGUUCAUACCGGACUCGCUUCAUCCUCACCGCACAGGGCGUCUGCUUUCUCAUGAAGCACGCACCCGAACUCGUGCCCGACCUAUCCGCGAUAAGCAUCCGCAAUCGUUGCCAGUCUGACGCGCUCACUAAGGCGCUACUCGUCGUGCAGCUGCUCUACUUCUGCAUCUCAUGCGCCCUGCGCCUUGCGCAGGCGCUCCCACUGAGCUUACUCGAGAUCUCGACAUUCGUACACGCUGUGUGCGCCGUCGCGACGUACGCCGUCUGGUGGAAGAAGCCGUUCAACGUCGCAGAACCUACCGUCAUCACCGGCGAGGGCAUCGAAGAAUUCGCUGCGUAUCUGCUUAUGGCAAGUCGCUGGACGACGUUUCGGUAUGCGGGCCUCGUGCAGUUGUCGUCCCCCAGCGAACUUUCGUCCCUCGACGUUUUCCCCAGGACCGGCGCGAUGCCCGCAAGCAGUGGCGAUCAUCCCCUUCGGUAUUGCCUUCUGUUGAAGAUGAUUGAGGACAUACUUGCGAAGAGUCUGUAGUCCUUCCAGGCCAAGUCGCCUGCUGUGUCGAGGAAUACAAUUUCCAGGUCUGUCCAGACACAGACCAACAUUAUGCGCGCGUCAGCCUGUCCUCAGAGGGCAGCAGCGACCCAACGCGCCGUCCGCACGCCACUGUCACGCGUUGGGAGCGCGCCGCGCGAGUCAUGGCGCACAUGGGAAGUGCUGAAACGCCACCCGAAGUGACCCUUCUGUCUCAGCACGGCGGCCUGCAGGAGUCGGUGCUUGGCAUCGACGCGCCGCUGUACUGGGUCCUUGUCCCCGGGUCUAUCGUUUUGGUCUAUGGGAUCGUCCACAUUGCUGCGUGGAACAUAGCGUUCCCGACCGUCGCAGAACGCACGCUCUGGCGCGUUGCGUCGCUCGUUGCGAUCAUGUGUGGCAUUGCCCCACCCAUGUCGCUGUACAUCUGGAACAAGCUCCUGGCGCAGCCCGAUAUCGUGCAUGCUAUUCUCAAGCGUUACUUCCGGCACAUGCCCCAUUUCAACUUCGCACCUCUGAUAUAUCUGUCCCAUACGGAGCUCUUCGGCACGAUUAUACUGUAUUCGAUAUGUAUGGCUCUUUUGCUUGUAGAGAGCGUAAGACAAGUUUUCUACCUUCCAGCUGACGCAUUCAAGCUUCCCGACUUCUCUAUCCAUGUGCUUCAUCUGCCUUGAACUCUCUAGUAUCAUAUAUCGUAGUCUGUCAUUUUUAUAUAGCGGACUGGUUUAUAACCUAUGAUCAAU